AUGUCGUCAGAAAGCAACCUGAAACCUGAGAAGGACUGGACGGAGGCGCUGGACCAGCAGCUACCAGAGAUAGAACAGCUUGCGAAAACCGAUCUUCAAGCAGCCAUCGAAAAGCUCCUCGCCCUCGAAAAACAGACCCGUCAAUCCUCAGAUCUAAAAUCCACAUCACGGCUUCUAGUCCUCAUCGUCACGCUGUGCAAGGACGCGGGAGAAUGGAAAAUUAUGAAUGAGAAUGUACAGCUUCUGGCGAAGAAGCACAGCCAGCUGAAACAGGCUGUUACGAAGAUGGUGCAGGUUGUUAUGGGAUUCUUAGAUGAUACCCCAGACGUCGAUACCAAGCUGGCUGUUAUCGAGGCUUUGAGGAUCGUAACUGAGGGGAAGAUCUUCGUCGAAGUUGAACGCGCCAGGGUAACGCGCAUCCUCUCAUCUAUCAAAAAGUCACAGGGCGACCUCGCAGCAGCAACGGAAAUUCUUUGCGAACUCCAGGUUGAAACAUUUGGUUCCAUGGAACGUCGAGAAAAGACGGAAUUUAUCUUGGAGCAAGUCGGUCUGUGCAUCGAGAAGGGCGAUUGGACACAAGCUGCAAUUCUCUCCCGCAAGAUCUCGACUAGAUUCCUAAAGGACAAGACGGUUGCCGAUUUGAAGCUGCGAUACUAUGAACAGCAGAUUAACCUCGCCAAGAACGAUGAUAAAUAUUUGGAUGCGUGCAAGCAUUACUGGGAGGUUUAUGACACUGAGGAGGUUAAAGAGGAUCCGGAGAAGUGGAAGGCAGUCCUCAAGCGUCUCGUGUAUUACGUUCUACUCGCUCCUUACGACAACGAGCAGUCCGAUCUAUUACACCGCAUCUCACAGCUUCCAAAGCUUCAGAGCGUCCCCAUGCAAAACGAUCUUCUCCUCCUUUUCACAAAAUCCGAGUUGAUGAGGUGGAAAUGGAUUGAAGAGACCUAUUCCGCAGAACUUCUCGAUGGUGACAUCUUCUCUGCUGAGGGUGGCAAGGACCUCAAGGCAGUUACCAGAUGGGAGGACCUAAGGAAACGUGUGAUCGAGCAUAAUGUCCGUGUUAUUGCCAAGUAUUACACCCGCAUUUCGAUGGAUAGGUUGCAAAUUUUGUUGGAUUUGAGUGAAGAUGAGAGCGAGAAUUAUCUCAGCAAGCUCGUGACUCAGAAGACGGUAUAUGCCAGGAUUGAUAGGCCGGCAAGGAUCGUUAGCUUUAAGGAGCCGAGGGAUAGUAAUGACAUUUUGAAUGAGUGGAGUGGGAAUAUGAAGGGACUUUUGGGAUUGCUAGAGAGAAUUGACCACUUGAUUACAAGGGAGGAGAUGAUGGCAGGCAUACAGGGUAAGGCCAAAUCGAAGAGGUAA